UGCGUAGCGCACAAUGAAGCCGGGUAAAUCUAACACUGAACGCACACACUGACCCGACCGAAUAAACCUCACAUACAACGAAUGUAAGUAGUAGCUGUCACGGAAUACGCGAAAAAAAAUAUCUUCAACUGAAUUGAUAGAUGUUAAUAUAUGUAAAAGUGCCUUUAGUCUGCGGGAAAAAAAGAAUAGAAAUUGUUGGAAAAAAAGAUCAACUGAUUUGCUACAAGUCACAGAAAGAUGCGGAUACUUUUUUAAAGCACAAAACGGAGAGUAAUAAACUUUAAGAGAAAUUCACCGUAUCAAGUGUAUUCAGCCGAGAGAAAACGAGACGUAAAAUGAACAAUCGUAAGAAUAGACCUAAAAUCACAAUACCUAUAACCGAAGAUGCACUUCCAGCACCAGCCAGUGCCCCACGUAAUUUAGAUAAGCGAACAACCAUCACAAUCGAUGAUAGAACUUUUAUUGUCGAGGCCGAUGACUUAGAGAAAAUUAGCGAUUUGGGCCAUGGCGCGUACGGAAUCGUCGAGAAGAUGCGACAUCGACAAACCAACACAGUGAUGGCUGUGAAGCGUAUAACAGCCACAGUGAACACUCAAGAACAGAAACGAUUGUUGAUGGAUUUAGAUAUUUCGAUGCGUUCAUCCGAUUGCCCAUACACUGUCCAUUUCUAUGGCGCUCUAUUCCGUGAGGGAGAUGUUUGGAUUUGCAUGGAAGUGAUGGACACCAGCUUAGAUAAGUUUUAUCCAAAAGUCUACAAGAAUGGUCAAGUCAUUAGCGAAGACAUUUUAGGAAAGAUUGCUAUAGCCGUUGUUAAUGCACUCUAUUAUCUGCAUGCGAAUUUGAAAGUCAUUCACCGAGACGUAAAGCCAUCGAACAUUCUAAUCAACCGAAAAGGCGAGGUGAAAAUGUGCGAUUUUGGCAUAUCGGGCUACUUAGUCGAUUCCGUAGCAAAAACCAUCGAUGCUGGAUGUAAACCGUACAUGGCGCCAGAGCGCAUUGAUCCAACAGGCAACCCUGGACAGUACGACAUUCGAUCGGAUGUAUGGUCGCUAGGAAUAAGUAUGGUUGAGAUGGCCACCGGCAAGUUUCCAUACAACACAUGGGGAACGCCAUUCGAACAAUUGAAACAGGUUGUUAAGGACGAUCCGCCACGAUUGGAACCCGGAAAAUUCUCACCGGCAUUCGAAAAUUUCAUAUCGGCGUGCCUGCAGAAGAAGUACACCGAUCGGCCAAACUACGAACAGCUGUUGCAGCAUGCAUUUUUGGUCGAACACAUGACCAAGGACACAGAUGUGGCCGGUUUCGUUGAAGAAGUUCUCAAUUUGCCCGACGCUUAAGAUCCAAUCUCGCGAGCCAUAACCGGAACCAGUGCUACUUCUAGUGCCAUUAUCAUCAUUUUAAUUGUCUCUUUAGCGCGAUAAUCAUACACGUUUGGCAAAUCCUAUUUGAUUUAUACCUACAAAAAUUUGUUCAAACGCCAAAUCAAGACACAAUUUAUUAUUAAAAACCGGCUAAUUAUGGCGCAUACAUUUUGUAUGCAUCAACUUAUUAAUCACAAUUUACGAAUAAUUCAAUUAACAUUUGUAAUAAAAAGAGAACGUUGUAAAAGAGAAUUAGCAACCGAUAUGAAUUUACUUAUGAACAAAGUUCCAAAAUGGGACCGACAAUAAAUCUUAGCCCGGCCGCAAUCGGCUUGUCGUGAUGACAGCAGAGCUAUUGAUUUAAGCUACUAACCAAUACUAACCACGCUCAUAAUUUAUUGGAAAUAGCAUUCUAUCUUUCGAUAAAAAAAAUCCCCAAUCCCCAAAAA